AUGCCUUGCUGUUCGUCCUCCACAUCCAAUUCCAAAGUGAAAACCCCACAACAAACUUCAUCUGAUAAUCCAGCCAAAUUAGGCUCGGUGAGACCCUCAGACAAGAGUCCGCAAUGUUGUGCAUCUUCGAGCUCUAACGAACGCUGUAAAUGUGGAAGUGCCUGCGCUUGCGAAGGCUGCAACUCUACUAAACUUUAG